CAAAGGCACAGGCAAGGGUGCCGGGCUUAGUGCAGCAGCCGGGGCAGGAGAUGGAGAAGUUUCGCACCGUGUUGGAUUUCUGCCUCAGUCACCAGAAGGUGCUCGGUUACAGCGCCGUGUCCCUGCUGACCGCGGGCAGCGAACGUCUCUUCUCAGCCGUGGCGUUCCAAUGCCCCUGCAACUCCUGGAACAUGCUCUAUGGCUCUGUCUUCCUGUUGGUGCCUGCCCUGAUCCUCUUCCUUCUUGGCUACCUGCUGAACGUCAGGACCUGGCGGCUGUUCACUGGCUGCUGCGCCUCAGGCAAGUGGAGCUGCUGGCGCUUCUUUAGGGUGCUGUGGCUGGUGACGGUGAGUGCUGCUGUGGCCCCACUCACCUGGAUCGCCGUGGCCCUGCUUGGGGCCAACUUGUAUGAGUGCGCAGCAAGUGGGAGCAGCCUGUUGCAGAGGCACCUGUGCCAAGGCAGAGGGACUCAGUGCCAUGAGCGGGUGGCCAGAAUACCCUGUGGUGGGACUCUCCCCCAAGAGGCACAGACAUCUGUGAACCUUCGAGCUCAGUCCCAGGUGCUAGGAUGGAUACUGAUAGCAAGCAUCAUGGCUUUAGUACUGGCUGUCACAUGCAUCAACCGCUGUCGUUCUCCAGUCAGUUUUCUUCAGCUGAGGUUCUGGAAAAUCUACUUGGAAAAGGAACGGGAGGUUUUUGAGAGGAAGGCCAAGGAGCAUGCAACCAAGCUGGCAGAAAGGAACCUGAAGUGCUUCUUUGAGUCCACUGAGCCAGAACCAUUUCAGACUCCCAGCAACAAAGACUGGCAGCAGAUCUCGUCCUUGUAUGCCUUCAAUACUAAAGGACAGUAUUACAGCAUGAUACACAAAUAUAUUAGUUCAAACAGAGGCACCAGCAUCAGAUCUACUGAAGAAGAUGUGUUUUCUCCUGCUUUAGGAUUUGUGGAUGGCACUGAUUUUAAUGAAACGGGGACUUUAUAAUCAAAUAAAGAAAUACUAUUUUUGUAACAUGGACAGUUAUGUAAUUAUGGCCAUAGAAAAAAGGUCUCGUUCUAUGCACUGAUCUCUUGUUGACAUCAAUGGGAGUUAUGUGCAAAGUCUUCAGGAGAAGAUGGCCCAUAAAGUUUGCAGCAUUAUUUUUAAUGAAUUUUGUUACUUUUACUUAAGUGCCUUUAGUAAAAUACAUAUUUCUGGAUGGCGGUUUUACAAUAUUUUAUCCCCUUGACUCUUUCUAGUUAUGAUGUUAAAUAGCUUAAAUCCCAACACCAAAGAUAAGUGUAUGUGCUGUUUUGAAAUACUACAAAACACCUGCUACAAAUAUACAUUAGCUAGUCGGUCAGCUCAGAACAUUUGGCAAUUAGUGUUGCAAAACCAAAGUUUUACCCUUGGCAUUGCUUGCCCAUCAAAAACAAUAAUACUAUAUAUUUUUUAAAUUAAGAAGUAGCUUUCUAGGCUUUGAGCCAUAAGCAAGUUCCCCACAAGCAUGCAGAAAAAGAGGGAAUGUUGAGUGUGUCUUUGUAUCAUUGAGCUGGUGCAUUCUGAUGAAUCACGGUUGAGAAGCUUG